AUGGAUGCUUUAAUAUCAUCAUCAACUGCUGAUUAUACAAUAGCUCAUACUGUAAUUCUUAAAUGGGUAUCUGAACAAUCUGCAUAUUCUGAAUCAACAAUUAACCUCAAACAAAAACAAUCGAAUUGA